AUGAGACUUGUAUUCGUUGUUGUUGCGGUGGCGUCUUUGUUGACAGAAAAUCUAGCGCUUCCUGUAGGACACGAAAGGCAGAGAGAAGAUGUGGUAACACGCUGUCUGGUUGAAGUCCUGUCCAAAGCUCUCUCCAAACCGGGCUCCCAGCUGGACCAGGAAUGCAAAGGCCUGCUACUCCCAGCAGGGGUUAAACAUGUAACGCUGGACAAGAAGAGCGUGGAGGGGGUCGCAACUCAGGGAGAGGUGGCCAAAGGUCAACCUGAGGUGCCCGAGGCAACAGGAGCAGAUGUGAAAGACAUCGAGGCUCUCCUGAAAUCCAUUGAGGAAAAAAGAGAAAUCCCAGAAGACGAGCGUAGCCAAGAAUCCUGGAGCCUGGGUGACGAGAAGGAGAAGAGACACGAGAACGAGGAUGAAGAGGAACGGGAGAAGAGGAGCGGCUGGAGGCCCGGAAGACACCACCAAAAGAAACACAAACGGGGAGAUGAAGAGGAAGACUUCGACCGCAGUCAGGAGAGCUGGGGGGUCGAGGAAAAGAGAUCGGAAGACGAAGGAGGCGACGAGAGAGAGAAGAGGACCUGGAGGCCCGGGAGAUACCACCAGAGAAAACACAAACGAGAUGAGGAAACUUUAGGGGAAGAGAGGGAGGAGCCAGAGGAAGAGCGUAGCCAAGAGUAUUGGGAUGUGGGCAAAAGGCAAGGGGACGAGGAGGAGGACGAGGAGGAGAGACACAAGCGCAUAUGGAAGCCCACACAUCGCUACCACCACAAGAAAACGCUCCACAAGCGUAGCGAUGAACCAUCAGAAGAUGAGGAAGAUGGAGAACGCAGUCAGGAAUCUUGGGGUCUCGACAAGAGAGACUGGAAAGCCGGGAGAUUCCACCAGAGGAGACACAAACGUGAUGAAGAACUCUCAGAAGAAGCCAGAGAAGAGCCUGAUGAAGAACGCAGCCAGGAAUCUUGGGGCCUUGACAAAAGGGACUGGAAGGCCGGGAGAUUCCACCAGAGGAGACACAAACGUGAUGAAGAACUCUCAGAAGAAGCCAGAGAAGAGCCUGAUGAAGAACGCAGCCAGGAAUCUUGGGGCCUUGAUAAAAGAGACUGGAAGGCCGGGAGAUUCCACCAGAGGAGACACAAACGUGAUGAAGAACUCUCAGAAGAAGCACGAGAAGAGCCCGAUGAAGAACGCAGCCAGGAAUCUUGGGGUCUUGACAAGAGAGACUGGAAGGCCGGGAGAUUCCACCAGAGGAGACACAAACGUGAUGAAGAACUCUCAGAAGAAGCACGAGAAGAGCCCGAUGAAGAACGCAGCCAGGAAUCUUGGGGCCUCGACAAAAGAGACUGGAAGGCCGGGAGAUUCCACCAGAGGAGACACAAACGUGAUGAAGAGCUCUCAGAAGAAGCCAGAGAAGAGCCCGAUGAAGAACGCAGCCAGGAAUCUUGGGGUCUCGAUAAGAGAGCCUGGAAGGCCGGGAGAUUCCACCAGAGGAGACACAAACGUGAUGAAGAGCUCUCGGAGGAGGAGAGAGAAGAGCCUGAAGGGGAACGCAGCCAGGAGGACUGGGGCUUGGACAAACGACAUGGAAAAGAAGAGGCGGGAAUAGAAAAGCGCAUAUGGAAACCAACGCAUCGGUACCACCAUAAAAAGAAACUUCACAAGCGUGGCGGAGGCUCAUCAGAAGAUGACGAAGAACAGAAGGAUGAUUCAGAGGAAAGUGAGGACAAGGACGAAGCAAUGAGGUCUCUUGCCGAGAAGCGUAAUCCCUGGAUUUAUAGAGGUUUCUACCAUCCUGCCUGGUACAAAAGGGAUUCAGAUGAGCACUCUGCAACCUCAAACAAGAUGGAUGAACUGGCCAAGUUGCUGAGCUAUAAGAUAAACCAGCUGGCCAACCACUCGACUCAAGAGGAGCCAAAGAGGAGCAUGCACCAGAGAGCACUAACCCAGCAGGAGGAGAAAGAGCUGGAAAACCUGGCAGCGAUGGACACGGAGCUGCAGAAAAUCGCUGCCAAGUUGCAUGACAACAGUGCAUAA